AUGAACACCACUCUCGAAAGCACUGGCAGCAAUGGCAGCACUGCGAGUCCUCCUCUGGGAAUUCGAGAUGCCCCAUCGUCCCUCUCCACAGUCAUGUCUUCCAUGGUAUCAUCCCUGACGCAGCAGCAACUUGCCGUGCAAGGGUACAUGGUCUUCGAAGCACAUAUGACGUCCCAGCAAAGCCCUGAGUACUUAAACGAGGAGCGUUAUCGCCAGUCGUACGCCUCUGUCCGGGCGGCAUACGAAGACAUUCCUAUCACCUGGCGCCUGAAGGAGCGGAUGAAGACGGUCAGCGUGGCCCUGGUCCUCUGCCUGAAUGUGGGGACAGACCCGCCCGACAUGGUGAAAAUCACACCCUGCGCACGGAUGGAGUGCUGGUUUGACCCGCGCACCACGAGCAAGAGCAAGGCUAUCGAAACGAUUGGGAACAAUCUGCAACAGCAAUACGAACGGUGGCAGGCCCGUGCGAAAUACAAACAAGCUCUGGACCCCACGAUCGAGGACGUGAAAAAACUUUGCGCCUCUCUCCGACGGAAUGCGAAGACAGACCGCCUUCUCUUCCACUACAACGGUCAUGGCGUCCCUCGUCCUACCUCGGCAGGGGAGAUCUGGGUCUUCAACAAGACGUACACGCAAUAUAUUCCCCUCUCCAUCUACGACCUGAGGGCCUGGGUAGGCACGCCGGCCAUCUAUGUCUUGGACUGCUCGGGCGCCGGCAUCCUGUUGCCCCACUUUCUGCAGACCCCUGUCAUGCCCGCGUCCUCCCGGACCGCCGGGCUCGGGGGCUUGGACGGCCCCCCGCCCCCUCCCCCUUCCGGCCCGCCCGUGCCGCCGUCGCGACCCCGAAGCAACAGCAGUGGUGCCCACCACCGCGACUGCAUUGUCUUGGCACCCUGUGCGGCGAACGAGCUUCUCCUCAUCAACCACAAGUUUCCCGCGGACCUGUUCACGUCCUGCCUGACCACGCCCAUCCUGGUGGCCCUGCGCUGGUUCAUCGCCCAGAACCCUCUCUCCAUGGCCGAGGUGGACGUGGAAUUCGUGGACCACAUCCCGGGGAAACUGAACGACCGGAAGACGCCUCUGGGCGAGUUGAACUGGAUCUUCACCGCCAUUACGGACACGAUUGCCUGGAACACCUUGCCUUCGACCGUUUUUCAGUACCUCUUCCGCCAAGACUUGCUUGUCGCCAGCCUGUUUCGCAAUUUCCUCCUGGCCGAUCGGAUCCUCCGCUCCUUCAAUUGCACGCCCACCUCCAUCCCCCGGCUACCCUCCACGGCGCAGCAUCCCCUGUGGCAGGCCUGGGACCUGGCGGCUGAGUGCUGUCUGCACCAGCUUGUCGUGAACAGGAAGCCGAGCCUGGUCUCCAUGAGCUCGGCCGAAGCACGCUUGGUGGCCUCAGCCUCCGCAGGGCCAGGAUUCUAUUCCACGGUGACCGCCUCCACCACCAAUCCUUCCCCCUUUUCCUCCACCUCGCCCCCCCCCGGCACCUCCACCUCCCUCUCCAAUGCUCCUACCUCGGUCUCCUCGACAACCUUCUUUGCGGACCAGCUGACAGCCUUCGAGGUAUGGAUCGAGUACACCACCAUGGCACCCACCGGAGCCCCUCCGUCCAAGCCCCCAGACCAGCUCCCCGUGGUGCUCCAGGUCCUCUUAUCCCAAGCACAUCGGCUCCGCGCCCUCCUUCUCCUCCGUCGCUUUCUCGACCUGGGCCCCUGGGCUGUCAACCUGGCCCUCUCCGUGGGGAUUUUCCCUUACGUUCUCAAACUCUUACAGAGCCCCGCCCCCGAACUCCGGCAAGUCCUCGUCUGCAUUUGGGCGAGAAUACUUGCCUUUGACCCGUCUUGCCGCUCGGAUUUGGUCAAGGACAAUGCCUACUUGUAUUUCAUCGGGCAUUUGUCCGGCGCGGACAUUCGACCUGAGCAGCGGGUAUUGGCCGCUUUCAUUGUCAGCGCCAUCAUGGACGAGUCGCGCUCCGGGCAGCGGGACUGCUUGAAGAAAGGCGUGCACCGGACGUGUGCUCAUUUCUUGUUUUCGAAAGAAACCGAGGGCAUGCCCGAGUUCAGGCGCUGGUUAUGCUUCUGUCUUGGUCGGUUGGCCUUUGAUUACGUGGAAGGCAAGGUCGCUUGUUUGCGGGAAGACAUUCAUUUACACCUUUUUGGCCUGCUCGGCUCCCCACACGUCGCGGUGCGUGCGGCAGCUGUGCACACGCUGGGCACGUUCUUGGGGAGUGGCGGCGGACACCCGGGGGGAGGGGCAGGGAGGGAGAGUGGAAGUGGGCAAGGACAGGGGCACAACAGCAGCAGCAGUUUGUCCUCGAUGUCUUCGCCUACCUCUGAGAUGGGGACCUUAGGGAGCUCGCCGGGCGGGGGGCGGUCGCCGUCGACCGGGCGGGCCGCAUCUAUUGACUUGGAAGCAGCGCGGAAGACGGAUGUGUCGGUGAUUGGCCUUCCCAUGCUUCGAGCCUUCGACGACGUAAGUCCCAUGGUCAGGCGGCAAGCAAUCUUCGCGCUUUUCCUGUUGGUGACGGACAGCACACAUUUCCCCUAUUUCGUGUGGGUGGCGCACGAGCUGACACGGUUCAACGCCGAGAAACAGCAGCAGUAUCCCCGCGAGUCUCAGAUCAGAGGAGAGAGGAAAUCUGGGCAAACGGAUGGCAAAGGGACAAUGCAGAAGUCUCGAAGCUGCGAUUCGAUUGCAUCCUUGGAUGCCUCGUCCUCCACGUCCUCAAUGGUAGGCUUGGUAUUGGACGAGGAGGCCGAGAGCCAGGGCCGCAAAGAGGAUCGUGCCUUGGGGUUGUCGCCAUCGCAGCAAAAAGAAAGAGACGGUGAGAGGACAGGCAGCAGGAAUAAAAAUGACAGGGACCAGGAAGCCCGGGACAAGGGGCAGAGGCUGUGGUGCCAAGCCUUGGCGGCGCGUCUCAAGAGGAAAGCUGGGGAGAUAGGCGAACACUAUCUGCUCAUUUGGCUCGCGAUACGACAAGUGCAUCAAAAAGAGCCCUUUCCGCCUGUCGCAGACGUUGCUGGCCAGAUCGUACACUUGGUCCACGAAUGCUUGCUGGAUAUGAACCUAAAUCCAAGCAAGAAUGUGGCCUUCCCGGGUGCUUCCGCUCGUCCCUUACGCUCCACCGCCUCCGCCAUGACGUUAUCCCCCAUGGAGCUGCAACACCGACAAGAGCAAGCAUCAGAGGAGCAGCCGCAGCCACGACACGAUCAUUUGCACCAUGAAAAGCGAGAACAAAAUGAAAUCGACGCGCAACAGCAGCAAGGACGGCAAGAGAGCUCGCUCCUCGCCUCUCCUGGACUCUCUUCAACCUCUCAUCCACCGCGGGUUCCCCCUCGCCCUCCCCACCCGUCCGGCAUCCCACCACGCAGCCCCCCUACCUCGGCAAAUCCGAAUGCCUCCUCCUCCCAGAAACAACAGCUUCGAUCUCGGCAGCAACAGCAACAUACAUACCGUGGGCAUGACGGCCACUACCGGCUGUCGUCAGGAAAACAUGUCGUGAAUAAUCUGCCGACUUGUCCUGCCCCCACCCAUCUUUCCUCGUCAAACCGCGUUCCUCUGGAGCGUGCCGUCUCGGCGCACGAGCUUGCCCGUCUGCCUACUCCCCAGGGGGACUAUGCCCGCCCCCCUCCGACGGGUCUGCGUGAAGCUGCCGGGCGCAGCACCGCUUCGCCCUACGGAGGCACAAAUCACCUGCAUGCAGGCCUCGGAAACAGCACCACGACUCCCAGUGGUCCGUCAGAUAGACCCAUUCCAGGUGGAGGAGUCAGCACGAGACCGUCAGCGGCCUCCUCCCUUUUGCAAUCUGCUUCGGGAACGGGGCCAGGGGGAAACACCCUAAAGGGGAAAGGGUCGGGAGAGGUUUUCGAGGGUGGCAGCUACGAGGCCAGAGGCUUGAAGCAGUCGAAGGGGGGGCUUAUGGGGAGGGCAGAGAUGCCGGGCUCAGUGCCCUUGAUCCGCCACGAAUCUCUGGCGGCCCCUGACGACUCCACAGCCAUGGGACAAGCCUCCUCCGCCCGCUUUUCCUCGGCCACGGCCACAGCCCUGGCCGAGUCCCCCUCUUUGCAAUGGCUACGUGUCCAGUAUCAAAGGACGAACAUAUACGCCUGGAGCAAGAAGCAGCUCUCCGCCCCCGCUGCCCUCUCUGCGGUGGAAGGUCCCGGAGGGGAGGAAGACGACCCGCUGUCACCGGAAGGACAGGUGGCGCUCUAUCGACGGUCACGGAAUCAGCGGGUGCUGGAGGAGGCCAAGGCCCUUACUCUGAAAUGCACGGGGGUCCUGGGCAUGCCGGAAGAGGAGGAGGACUCGGACCUGUACUUCAUGUUGGGCGGGAUCGAUGCACUGCUGGCAGCGCAACGCGAGGGGAUGGAUGGCGCGGCUGGGGCUCGAAAAGGUAACGUGAAGAAGACCGCGCUAACGAAGAGCAUGGGAGAUACUGUAAAGCGUAAGAACCAGGUGCUUCGACUUCAGCAAAAAGUUGUAUUUGAAAGCGACGCACAAAUGACGUCGCAACUGUUGUUCCACCCCUUCGAGCCGCUUUUGAUUGCCUCGGACGACCACGCCAACCUCCGGGUAUGGAAUCACGAGGACGGGAAGAAGCUGGGCGUGUUCAGGAACGAGCCGAUUCCUAGCAAGGCAUCGAGGAUCACAAGCCUGGCUUGGUUGAACGAGGCAACCUCCUCCCUCUUGCUCACCGGGACGGAUGAGGGGGUCGUCCGCGUGUGGAGCGGGGUGGUCCCGACGGGGGCGGACUGGGUUCCCCCCCGUCUGGCGACAGCCUUUUUCGCCCACGCACUCGUGGGGCGUGGCUUCGGCGUUGUCACAAAAUGGGUCCACGGUGCAGGCCUCCUCCUGACGGGGGGAAGCUCAGACCGGCUUCGGGCCUGGGACUUGGAGAGGGAGCAGAUGGUCAGGGAGUGGGAGACGGGUGGGGAGGCUUGUGUGACAUGCCUGGCUGCCAGCACGCCUCACGGAGGGGCGGGCGGGCGGGACUCCGGGGGUAACGGGGCGCGU